AUGUCACUAUAAACUACAGAAUUUCAUGCCAAAUCCACAAAUCCAAAGUUGUUUAUUUUAUUUAAUAUUAUUUUAUCUACACUAGAAGCGUAUCAAAAUGGUAACUACAAAACAUAAUAAUAAACCGUUUAACUCGACCGAGAAGCGGUUUGGUCCAUCUACAGCACAUCCGAAUUUAGACCCCAGCGGACUCUAUUUAACAAGACCUCAAGCAUGUGAUCCUUGUCUCUACCAUCCCAGACCCCUACAUUUAUUAUGCGAGGCCACCCACAAGAAAAAAAUAGAUAAAGACCCAUGGAGAUAUAAAAACGAGUUGGAAGAAUGGGCAAAAAAUUUGGGUUACAGGAAUCAGAGAGUGUUAGAACAGCGGCUAUGGGACCGAUCACUAUUAGGUCCUGCCUGGCAUGAAGUGAACGAACCUUAUAAAUACCAACCAGCUUGCAUGAACGUUGGUCUUGGACGAACAGCUCGCUGGAGACCUAUAAAAUACUCACCACCGGAACCUGGAACUUAUUUCAAAAGUGUGCCUUUCAAAGCUCCCUAUGGCCCGCAUUCUACCCGACCAACUUUUGAAAGAGAGGAACCGUGCAGGUUCAAGGACACCUGCCCAAAGUGGUCACUUGCCCCAAAUCGAUACACCAUUAUUGAUAAGGAUGCUAUUGAUCAAAAAUCUAAAAGAAUAGUGUCUCUUCGAGGACCAUAUGACUUGUUUACAGGCAAAAGAGAUGGAAGUACGAUCAAAAACCAUUUUAAUACUUCUCUAAAAUGCACAGCGGCCACGUGGCCGAUUGCACUCAAAGGCAGUCUAGAAAAGUAUAAGAAUUCCAACUUCGGGAAGUUGAAUAAGACCAAUAGAAGUAUGCCCUACAGAGGUCGUAACGCACUUGUGGAUUUGGCAAUGUGUCCGCGGAGAGUGGAGGAACCAGAUCCUACAACUUAUAAUAUUUUUAAACCAACAACUUUUGUACAGAACAAAAAUGGCUUCAACAGUUCUUACGACAAACCCCCGGGCUACCGUAAAGUGAUCGUAUGGCCUGGCGUGGGGAGGUAUCGCGUUUCUACUCGCAGCGAAAUUGUGGGAAAGGGACAUAGACACGUGUUCCAAAGCAAAAUAGGCAGAAGCAUUGGUGCUGAUAUAAUACCCCCCAUGAACUCAUUCUAGUCAUUAGGGUACGUUUCAUAAUUUUACAGAGGUGGAUAUCUGCAUACUAGACUACUCAAUACAAUACAACUUGUUAGAGCCUAAACAUGAACAAAUCAACGUAGUUAUAGGUACUUCGUUCAUUGAAUUGCUUAAAUAAUUUUUAUCAUCUACAUUUAGACUUCAUUUUAUUUUUAGAUAUGUUUUGUAAUAAU